UCUUACCUAACCGUUGCUUUACGAUAUGGAAAGUGAAAGAUAGAAAAUCGAAGCUUGUAUAAAUUAAUAAAUCUUUAAAACAUGUAAAAUAUUUAACAACCAGUACUUAAUCUAGCUCCUGACACUAUAAGAAGUUUUAAGACUGAUCUCUGCAAGUUCUUGAACCAUUAAUCAACAAAAACAAGAACACUGUAGGAUUAAUUAAGAUGAGAUUUAUAAUAUCAAGUUUGUUCUUUCUGGCUCUUUUUUCUUGUGCAGCUGCUUAUGAUCCUUUGGAUCCAAUGGGUAAUGUAACUAUCAAAUGGGAUAUCGUGGCUUGGACUAUAGAUGGCUACACGGCUACAGUGACACUAUUCAAUUUCCAAACAUUCAGGCACAUAAUGGACCCUGGAUGGAAAAUAGGCUGGACAUGGGCAAAGAAAGAAAUAAUAUGGUCCAUGGUUGGUGCUCAAGCCGCAGAACAAGGAGACUGCUCCAAGUUCAAAGCUAUUAUUCCUCAUUGCUGCAAGAGAAAUCCUGUAGUUGUAGACUUGUUACCUGGCGCUCCUUUCAAUCAACAAUUUGCUAAUUGCUGUAAAGGUGGAGUUGUAUCAGCCUGGGGCCAAGAUCCCAAAGCUUCUAUCUCUCAGUUCCAAAUUACUGUUGGUUUAUCUGGUACUUCAAAUAAGACUGUCAAAAUGCCCAAGAACUUCACCAUGCUGGGUCCAGGCCCUGGAUACACAUGUAGCCCUGCAAAACUCGUUCCUUCCUCCAAGUUUCUCACCCCUGAUGGACGCAGAAGAACUCAGGCUCUCAUAACUUGGAAUGUGACCUGCACUUACUCACAGUUCCUGGCUAGGAAAAACCCAAAUUGUUGCGUCUCUUUCUCAUCUUUCUACAAUCAGGAAAUCACCCCCUGCCCCACUUGUGCCUGUGGUUGCCAAAACAAUAACACUUGUGUCAAUCGUGAUUCGAAGAUUCUCAAAGUGGUUGGAGCAAACAAUACAAAUAACGAAACAACUUCUCUUCUGCAAUGCACACACCAUAUGUGCCCGGUUCGAGUUCACUGGCAUGUGAAGGUUAAUUAUAAGGAGUACUGGCGUGUAAAGAUUUCCAUAGUAAACUUCAACUACAGAAUGAACUACACUCUCUGGUCUCUUGUUAUCCAGCAUCCAAAUCUCAACAAUGUAACACAAGUUUUCAGCUUCAAUUACCAGCCUCUCAUACCUUAUAAGUCGAUAAAUGACACAGGGAUGUUCUAUGGAAUGAAAUAUUACAAUGAUGUGUUAAUGGAAGCAGGGCCUUUAGGAAAUGUCCAGUCAGAAGUGCUUCUUCAAAAGGACUUGAACACCUUCACCUUCAAGCAAGGAUGGGCAUUUCCGCGUAAAGUCUACUUCAAUGGCGAUGAAUGCAUGCUACCCCCACCAGAUGCAUACCCUUUUCUGCCGAAUUCUGCAGAUGGAUCCCUUAUCUCCUUCUUGACAUUAAUUUCUACGUUGUUUUUCUUGUUUAUCAUUCUCUAGUAAUUUUACUCACAGUUCCACUGCAGAAUUGGCAUUCUUUUUCAUUUCGCCAA